AUUCAUAACGACAUUCCUUUCAACCAGUCCAGCAGGGCCCCCAAUAAAUGGGGAAAUGAUGGCUUUGUCUCGUUGUGAUGCCUUCUCAUCGCGGGCCGAGGCUGUUUGCGGGCUGAACGUUCGAGGAACCGAUCCAAUUCCUUCCUUCCUGUCUGAAAACCAUUUUCUUGUCGACUCUGCUGUCGUGAAUCUUUGAAGGCUUUCAUUCAUUCAGCUUUCGGAGACGCAUCGUGACCGUACUGCCAUACUUAGCAUUUCCAAACGUUGCCAACCAUGUCUGUACCUAGGACGAAGAACCCAGUCCCCGACUGGAUCGAGAACCCGUAUCCCCACGUCGAACACAGCAUCAUCUCGUUCCCGCAGAAGCACAUCCUCCUCGUCACCAUCAACCGGCCCAAGUUCAUGAACUGCCUGCCCGUCGAGGCAACCAUUGAGCUGGGCGCCCUUUGGAAAUGGUACGACGCGGAGCCGGAGCUGCGGUGCGCCGUUUUCACCGGCGCCGGCCAGAAGGCGUUCUGCGCGGGCAUGGACCUAAAGCAGAGGCUGGACCUCAUAAAAACGAACGAGAUCGCCUUCGAGUACCCGCACGGCGGGUUCGGCGGCAUGUCCAACCGGACGGGGAAGAAGCCCAUCGUCGUCGCGUGCAAUGGGCAUGCUCACGGUGGCGGUAUGGAGAUGAUCCUCAACGCCGAUGUCAUCUUCGCGUCUCCGAACGCCGACUUCCGGCUGCCCGAAGUUUUGCGCGGCGUGUCCGCCCUAGCCGGCGCCCUCCCCAGGUGCAUGCUCCUCUUCGGCAACCACCGGACGAUGGACCUCGUCCUCACAGGGCGUCUGAUGUCCGUGCAGGAGGCGUUCGAGUGGGGGCUCGUGAAGGAGAUUGUGCCGCAGGAGAAGCUGCUGCAGCGGGCGAUCGACUACGCCGCCGAGAUCGCGUCGCUAAGCCCCGACAGCGUCAUCAUCUCGAGGCUCGGAGCGAGGGAGGCGUGGGAGACGGGCGUGAGCCGGGCGACGAUGAGGGGCCAGGAACUCUGGGCCGAGAACCUGUUGAAGAGCAAGAAUGCGACAGAGGGUCUGGCAUCCUACAGGGAAAAGAGGAAGCCGAAUUGGUUUCCGUCGCAUAUAUGAGGCAGACAGGGAAAUAAAAAAAAUUGGUGAGUUGGGCAAAGUGAUGCUCACGUGGUACAGCGCGUGUGUAUGUGGGUGCUUGGUAGGUAGAGGGCGGUGUGGGUGGUGGUAAUGAACAUAUAAAUGAGGGUUAGGAACCAAUUCUCAAGGGAUCACAGCAGGCGGCAACAUGGCCAUGUUGUUCAGGUCAAACUGUGGUCCCGUGGUGGAGUGGUAAUGAGCGACA